AAUAACAGUAGUCAUACGUGUCUCGCCUUGGAAAUAGAGAGAGGAAAUAGAGAGGCUUUCAUUAUCAAUGAUAUAAUUGCAAGUCCUAGAAAAUUUAAGGGUCGAUAUUUGAAAUAGCAAAAUGGAUUUGGAAACAUAUUCUAAAAUCAUUACAGAUUUUAUUGCUGGAAGUUACAUCACCUCUGCCAUCAGGCUAGGAAAGGACCUGGGACUUUUUGAUGAGCUAAAGAAACUUGACAAAGCCGUCUCUUCACAGCAGUUAGCAGACGCUUGUAAUCUGAAAGAGAGGUAUGUCCGGGAGUGGCUUGGCUGUAUGGUCGCCACCAGGAUCGUUUCACUAGAUGACUCGGACAAAUACUUCAUCCCUCAGUCACUCAAAUCGGGACUUGACGUUCUUGGUUUAACAUUUUUCUAUCCUGUCAUGGGUCCUUUAACAGUCAAAGUGAAGAACUGCUUCAAAAAGGACGGGCCUAAAGGCUUUGGCUAUGGAGACAUGCCACCUGGUGUAGUUGAAGCUAUUGAAGAAAAAUCAGGGGACUCCGAGGACACUGUGCAACAGCUCCUUAAGCCUAUCACCAAGCCCACAAAGUCGUUGAACACCAUACUUGACCUAGGCUGUGGAGGAGGAUGUGCAACUAGAGCGUUAAGAAAGUGUUUUCCAAAGGCAGUCAUAUACGGCGUCGAUUAUAGCGAGGAUGCGCUAACCAAAGCAAAAUCAACUGCCAAAGCUCAAGGCACAGAAAACCUGCAUUUUGUAAAGGAAGACGUGACAUCAUUGCCCGCCGACUGGACAGGGAAGUUUGACUGGGUCAUCCUGUUAGACGUGCUUCAUGAUCUGCCUGAUCCAGUAAAUGCCAUGAAAGAGGUUCGCCGCGUCUUGAAGGACGACGGAGUCGUGUCCAUCGUUGAUCCAGACCUACAUAGUAGCCAUAGAGACAACAUAGGAGAUGCUAACUUGGCAGGUGUAGGGUACGCCAUCAGUUCUGUGAUUUGUCUCCCUUGCAGUUUGUCGAUAGACGGCGCAGCUGGUCACGGCAUGGGCUGGGGAACCGAAAACAAAGAAAAGUUUUUAACCGGUUCUGGCUGGCUAGUGCAGGACAAACGAAAUAUCGAAAGUCCGUUUGCUUUGAACUUCACUUGUGUCAAAGCAUCGCCAACGACCUAGCAAGUGCAUCUCAGUGAAUCAUGGCGAGAUAUUAAUGUGUUUCCCCCGGUGAAACACUUUUAACCAGAUGUUGCUAUCAGAACACUAGAUAUUGUCUUUUUACGAGACAGCAUACAACACAGCUUUUUAUCAAACAUUAAAACUGGACGGGACAAUGUUAUAGGUGUACACAUUUUCCUAAUUCAUCAGUAGGUCUCUGCUAAAAAUUAUAUAUAGGAAUAAUUUAAUGAUGAGAAGUAAGUAUUUAUAUUUCGAUUAAGGAAGAAUGCUUAUUGAAGUAAUAUAAUGAAUACACGAUACUGAUAACACAGUAAACCACAGCAUCAACAUAAAAGGUAAAACUCUACUUCACCAUCAUCCCACAAGAAUACAGCUAUUUCAUCUGCACACACCACCUGUGGCAUCCGCCGCUAUGCCUGACGUUUUUUUCCAGAAAAGUUCGUGGUCGCCUAUACUGUAAGACACAGAAUAUAUAUUUGUAUUCAAUGUAAACACUAAUAGUUCAUUAUCUGUAACGCCGAUAACCCUUAAGUCAUAGCAUUAGUAUAACCUUACAUAUGUGUCAUAAGAACAGCCAUCCAAACAGCUGUAGUCGUUUGAGUGUUUGAUUCGAUGGUCUGUACUGGGUUAUUUGAAGUGAACUGCUGAGCUGCACGGUCCAAAUAUAACUCGGCGUCAAGCAGUAAACAUGCAACAAAACAGAAAGAAUGGUACAAGCAUUCGUCAAUAACAUGUAUACGUUUCUUUAUUUGCUUGUGAGAGUUUUGAUGCCAAUUUGUUUUCAAACUCCAUUUAUCAACUUAGACUAUAUAUAUUUGACAUUUACACAGGACAAAUCAUAUAUCCAGUAAUGUAAAAUGGAAAAUUGUAUUUCGUAUGUGGAACGUUUCGAAUUUAUACUAACAAUAAAUUAUCUCAGACAAUCUAGUAGCAUAGCAUUAUAAGUCGUCUAGAUCUUUAAUACAUGUAACUAUGUAACUCAUUUUUAUUCUAUCUAUUGAUAACCAAAUAAAAAAGCAUAUUUAGAAAAAGAAGUGUUGAGUUUAUCUAGGUUAAGUGAUAACCUUUGUUACCUUGAUGUCUGAACUACGGAUGUUCCAAUAAACAAGUUAUAAGUUAUGGUAUGUGACAGUGAGGAAUAGGUGAAGAGACUUUUUCCAAUACUUAUGGAGUGUUAAUUUUGAAAUGUCAUUAUUUUUGUCUACAAAUCGAUUUAUUUCAUGCAUCAAAGUUCGGUCAGCGUUAAAUACUAACAUUAUAUGGGAAGGUCAGGUUGAUGCAUAGCCAAAUGCAACUAUUUUGGGUGAGGAUGGAAAACUAAAACUGAAGUCAAGGGGCGAAAAUACUAACGGCAUGAGUUAAAGGUGUACAUCUAACCGAACAUGUUAUUACAGUAGGGACCCAUUACAGGCACAUAUAGAUAAAUGAAAAAUGUAUUUACGAUACAAUUCUUACAUGUUACUAAGCCUAGUUCUUAUGUUAACUAAAUAUCUAAGACUUGAA